AUGACCAUCGAUCCGCAGAUCAUGGUGCAAUGCGUUGGGGCCGUGGUGGUCUACUUCGCCGCGCGGAUGUGCCACGCGGCCUUUGUGACGUCCAUCGAUGUUUGGUAUUCGUCGCCGGCCAAUCGACAUCUCUACUUCAAGGCCUUUAAAGAGAAGUAUCAAAAAACGGGGAAAGCGGACUAUUCUGCGCUCAUGAGGACGCACCCCGAGACCAUCUCCCAGACCUUUGGCGAUGAAGCGACCUCGGAGGGUCAAAUGGUGAAGGCGAUGGUGCUGCCCAGCACGAUCAUCAUGGCCAUCGGCGGCAUCAUGAUGCGCUGUGGAGGUGAAGAUAUGUGGGGCUUCAUCUUCCAUGCCGCCCGCGGCUUAAUGACGCCCUUCGGCCUGCUGAUGGUGCUCCAGACUCCCGUGGUCUCCGGUGCCGGGGAUGGCAACCGGGAGAUCCGCGAGGGGAGAGCCGUCUCCAAUGUGGAGCUACUGUAUCAGCUGAACUGGGUCAUCUUGCACUUCUUGGGCUUUGCCGCCUUCCUGGGGCCCGUGGUCUUGAUUGAGCUCCCCGUGGCCAUCAUCGAACUCGUCAACUCGGAGGGCUUUGUGGGCAGCUUCAACGAUGAUGGUUGGUUAAAGAAUGCGCGGAUGGUGUUGAUCAUCAUGCGGAUCUUGUGCGCGGUCUUGCUGGUGGUGGCUGCACCCUUCUUGGGGAAGAGUAAGACACGGAAUCCCAACACCUUGUCUGCCUUGAAGUGGAGAGCCGAGUUUGAUGUAGGCGAAUUUGGGGCCAGUCAGAUGUACUUCAAUGCCUUGAGUGUUUGGCUUCAGCCGGGUGUUGGGCCUUACAGCACUGUGAGCUUGGUGAUCUUGGCCCUUUUGGCCUUGGAAGCGUUUCGGAUCUUCUUCUGCCAUGCCGUUUACUGGUUGGUGGUCAUGUGCAUGUGGGAUUCCAUCGAUUGGUCCGCGCAGAUGAAGUUGAGUGUGCCAGCGAAUGGCCCAGUGAUGCAGGGAUUGAGAGAGGUCACCAAUGAUGAGUUGGUGUUCCUUCAUGCGGUCCAAGCAGGUGUCCCUGACUACACUGAAUCGAUCGCGAAGGUGCCGGGCUACAUUCCUGCCAGCAAGGUGGCCACCGGAUGCAAGUACCCACCGAUCAAGCUCUUGGUGCUGAAAGCGGAGAACUAUGAGAACUUCCGAGCCUUGGACAUUUGGGACCUGGCCAAGGAUGACGUGGAGAACUGGAAUCAGGACCUCGCACGCGUGCUGGGCUCCUUGAAGUCCUCCGACACCCUGUUUAUCCCCUGUGCGGGAUACAAGAUGGACCAGCAGGUGCCAAAGAUGUUAUUGUCUCUGAAUGACUAUGAAGGAGAUGUGGAGUACUUGGGCGUUACGCCCAAUGAGAUGACUGUGCCAGAGUCAGACACUGACAUCGCGUUGGACCUCACCUCGAAUUUUCUGGGUGAUCCCCGCUGUGCCUUCCUGACGCGGGGCUCCUUCAUUGAACCCUUGCGCGCUGGCGCCCUCACGGACUUCUACAAGGUGGUGGCGGAGAUCGGUCUCCAGAUCGAAAGCUCCGUGAAGGCGGUGGCAAAGGCGACGGACCUGGACUACGAGAGCGAGGAGGCCUCGGACGAGAGCGACGCCGAUGCGCCGCUGUUGACGCCCUAUGGGAGCAUGGCCUAUGAGAUUCAAAUCCGGGCGUUGCGUGGGCCCUCCCCUCGCAUGGUGCUUCGGAUGCCCAAGACCCAAGCGCUCCCUGCGGGCUGGCAGCACCUGCAGCGCGUGGAGCCCUUCCCGGAACGCACAGUCCACGUGUCCAAGUCCAGCGAGGCCAAUGGCUUGAAUCGGCUCAUGUGUUGCUUCUACACCAAGCAGCGAGAAGAGGACGAACCGAGUGAGAUGCCAGUUCUUCCGAACCGAUUAGAACGAAUACGGCCCUCAAAGAAGGAAGCAGCUGGCUCUGGGGGGAUGCCAAAUUCAAGUGAAGCUGGUCAGGCUUCUUCCGCAGCUGCUUCUUCACCGUCACCUUCUUCUCCAUCGACAGUUCCAAAGCUUCCAAAAGUGGCGCCUGAGACUGCCAGGAAGGUGUCGAAUGAUUCUGCCGAGUCAGCGGACAAGGGUUCACCCAAAUUGCAGCCAGCUGACCUCGUGACACAGGCCACUGAGAGUGGCGGAGCCUCAUCGAGGAUAACUGCAACCCAGGUUCAAGUAAGGCCGCGAGUCAGUGGCUCCAGCACUCAAACCUUGUUGCCUCCCAAGGAGGCACGCUUCCAAAACUACAAAACCUUGGUUUUGGAUCUCGAUGAAACUCUCGUACACAGCUCUUUCACAGAAGUUAGCUGUGAUCUUGUUCUUUCGGUGAUGUUGGCCGGUGAAGAGCACAAGGUCUAUGUACGGAAACGGCCCGGCUUGGAUCACUUCCUUGCGACGGUUUCGCAACUCUACGAGGUGGCGGUCUUCACGGCAUCGACUGCCUUGUAUGCGAAUUCUCUUCUUGACGUUCUGGACACCCGCGGGUGGAUUCAGCACAGGCUUUUUAGAGAAGCUUGCACACGCUACAAGGAAGGCUACGUCAAGGACUUAUCCAAGCUCGGCCGUGACUUGAAUCAUGUGAUCAUCAUAGACAACAUGCCCAUUUGUUAUGCUCUCCAACCGCACAAUGCCAUCCCAAUCCAAACGUGGAAACAUGAUCCGAGUGAUACGGAGCUACUUGACUUGUUGCCCAUUUUGAUGUCCCUGGCCAGGGUAGAUCAAAUCCCUCGCAUGCUCCAAUCCAUCCUUUGUGAAGCAGAGGCGGAGGAGGCUGAGACGGCCAAGGCUGAGACAGCCACGGGUUGA